AUGGGGCCCAUGAUGCCUCUGUUCAAAGCACUUGUUCCAAUAGCUUAUGGCUUUGUGUCAGGCAAGUCCCUAACUGUUUCGAUCAUCCUGUCCGUGCAGUCACCCAAACAACAGGAAUUAGGAAGCUGUGGUAGGCAGAAUAAAGAUCUCCGCAGAACAUCCAUGCUCAUGUCCACACCCUACUCCCUAGAUCCUGUGAAUAUGCUGGGUUACAUGGCAAAGAGGAAUUUAAGGUUACAGGUGGAAUUAAAGUUGCUAAUGAGCUCACCUUUAAAAAGGAAAAUCACCCUCCAUUAUCUGAGUGGGCCCAACAUAAUCAGAAAGGUUCCUAAAAGUGGAAGAGAGAUUUUUCUCGAGGCAAGUGAUAUUAGUAUCCAUCUACUUGAGCCCUUCAUGGGGCUGCUUGUCUAUGGUCAGGGGCCAUCCAGACUGAGGAAGACCUGGAAACUUCGGGGCCACGUGAGCCACGGACAUGGCUGCGUCCGCAAGCACCGGAAGCACCCAGGAGGCCGGGGUCAUGCCGGUGGCAUGCAUCCCCACAGGGUCAACUUUGACAAAUACCAGCCAGGUUACUUCAGAAAAGCUGGUGUGAGGCAUUACCACAUAAAAAGGAACCAGGGCUUCUGCCCAACUGUCAGCCUCAAUAAACUGUGGACCUUGGUCAGUGAGCAGUCACAGGAAAAGGCUGCCAAAAACAAGACGGGAGCUGCUCCUAUCAGCGAUGUGGUGCGAUCGGGCUAUGACAAAGUUGGGAAAGGGAAACUCCCCAAACAGCCUGUCAUGGGGAAGGCCAAAUUCGUCAGUAGAAGAGCUGAGGAGAAGAUUAAGGGUGUGGGAGGAGUCUGUGUCCUGGUAGCUUGAAGCCACAUGAAGAGAGGUUCAUUAAAUACUGACAAGUGCUUAAAAAAAAUAAAUAAAUAAAUAAAAUCAGGCCACACUGGAUUAGAGUGAACCCCAAAUCCAAUGACUAACGUCCUUAUGGAAAGGCCACGUGAAGACACAGAAACAGACCAACACACUUCGGGAAAAACAUGUGACAAUACAGACAGAGACAACAGUGAUGCUGCUGUAUGCCAGGGAAACCCAAGGACUGCCAGCAACCGCCAGAAGUUGUGAGGAAGCAAGGAAGGAUCUUUCCCUAGAGCCUUCAAAGACAGCAUGGUCCCCCAAAACACCUUGGUUUGGACUUCUGGCUCCCAGAAUUGUGAGACAAUCCAUUUCUUUGGUUUUAUGGCAUCAAGUUUAUGAUAACUUGUUAUGGCAGCCAUAGGACACUAACACAACUAGAUAUUUCAUUCUGGAUUUACAGAUG